GAGGGGUCAGCCGCCUCCGCGCAUGCCCCGUGCGCGCGCAGACCCCGCAGCAGUUAUGGCGGCUCGGUGCGUGAGGGUGGCGCGGCACAGCCUUCCAGCUUUGGCGUUGUCUCUCAGGUCCUCUCCUCGGCUGCUGUGCACAGCUACAAAACAGAAGAACAAUGGCCAGAACUUGGAAGAGGACAUGGGUCAGAAUGAACAGAAGACAGGUCUGCCCUCUGCAGAGAAGACACUGAUGGAAGAGAAGGUCAAGCUGGAAGAGCAGCUAAAGGAGACCAUGGAAAAGUAUAAGCGAGCUUUAGCAGAUACGGAGAACUUGCGGCAGAGGAGCCAAAAAUUGGUGGAGGAGGCGAAACUAUAUGGCAUUCAGGGCUUCUGCAAGGACUUGCUGGAGGUGGCGGACAUUCUGGAGAAGGCAACACAGUGCGUCCCGAAGGAGGAGAUUAGAGACGAUAACCCGCACCUGAAGAACCUCUACGAGGGGCUCGUGAUGACUGAGGUCCAGAUCCAGAAGGUGUUCAGGAAGCACGGCUUACUCCGGCUGAACCCCGCGGGGGCCAAGUUCGACCCCUACGAGCACGAGGCCUUGUUCCACACGCCGGUUGAGGGCAAGGAGCCAGGCACGGUGGCGCUCGUUAACAAAGUGGGGUACAAGCUGCACGGGCGCACCCUGAGACCCGCCCUGGUUGGGGUGGUGAAGGCGGCUUAGCGGCCCCCACGGGCUCCGGGGCUUUGUUACGAUCACUCGCUGACUCAGGCCACUUCAUCUUUCCUCAGCUGCGGGUGCGCGUGACCUUUUCCUAAACCUUGUUGCCAGGCUUUAGUGACCAGUGGCUGGACAGGAAGUAAGCCAGUUGCACAGUUGUGUUAAUGAACAUUCGGGAGUUACUAGUUCCACGUGCUCACAGGACAGGCCGGCGGGAUGCUACCGGACCCUAGGGUAUCAGGAAAAACACCGUGUCUGCUCAAACUCUGGUGACGUCAGAGUAUUUCAAAUGAAUAAAAGGUCUUCAGGAGUUCCUGCUGUUUGCUAGCUGGCUGCGCCGGCUGCACUGCGUCCUCUGCGUCUCACUGUAGCACGCGAGUUCCUGGACUGCUUAGCCACCACCCGUCACUCAGUGAAGGCAAGGCAAGAGUUUAAACAUUUUUCUUGCUAAGAGAAAUUGUACGACACCCUUGGCGAAGAACGCGUUUGCGUUCAUUUAUGAUCAGUUACCGUCUCGCUGCUAAGAGCGAUCGUCUUCUGGCUUUGGGAGGUGAGAGACCAGCGGGCACACCCUAACGUCCUCACCUCCUUAUUUUGCCAGUAACUGAAUUUGACACACUCAGUUACUUUCGUCCUGUUUUGUUCAUCUCUUUAUAGAAAGGUUUAAAUCUAUACCCAACUAGUUACUAAUGACCAGAAGGUACUUUCCCCCUAGUAAGAUGGACUUCCUUAGAAAUCUGAGGGACUGUGUGCUUGGUAUGUUUUAAAUGUUAAAUUUAAAAUUUUAUUUCAGAGGAUUGAAGCCCUGUUGUUUAUUUUCCUACGCUCUGCUAGCUGUGUGCUUUGGUGGAGGAGAUCCUUACUAAGCAGAGAAGUGUGGCUUAGCUUUCCGGGUCUUUGCUCAAAUCCUGCAGCUGUGCGCCUGACACACGUAAACGUGUUGGCUUCUGUCCCGGAAGGGGACCGUGGACACUUGGAAGCAGCAGUAAGGACACACGACCGGCAAGCGCUGGCCCUGUGACUCGCCGCCGGACCCUCCGUUCCUCGCUUGAGGGGAAAAGUUGAAUGACUGAGGUAUUCUUAUAAACGAGGGGAAAAAAAGUAACCUUCCACUAGCUUUGCUUCUAAGAGGUACUUCUAGGAUUAAAGGUCAAUACUACGUAAGAAAGGUGGGUAGUCGAUUUGAAAGGUGUAGGUGAUAUUCCCAUAAUUAAAAUUCCAAUUUAUACCAUUUCAAGAAAUUUCCCCCCCUUUUAUAAAUUUAUUUAUUUUUGGAUGCGUUGUGUCUUCGUUGCUGCGCACGGGCUUUCUCUAGUUGUGGCGAGCGGGGGCUGCUCUUCAUUGUGGUGCGCGGCCUUCUCAUUGCGGUGGCUUCUCCUGUUGCGGAGCUCAGGCUCUAGGCGCGCCGGCUUCAGUAGUUGUGGCGCAUGGGCUCAGUAGUUGUGGCGCACAGGUUUAGUUGGUACACGGCACGUGGGAUCUUCCUGGUCCCCUACAUUGGCAGGCGGAUUCUUAACCACUGCGCCACCAGGGAAGCCCGUCCCCCUUUUCUUUUAAGCUGCUUUAAAUAACUUGGUCAAGAGCAUAGCCCAAAACUAAAGGCAACAGUACAGCAUAUUGAGAAACAGCCCCGAGUUACGCCUGCUCUUUACACUGUGGCUGUGAGCACAGCCUUUCGCCUCCCUGGACUCAUCUGUAAAAUGAGGGUGAAUAAAGAAGUAAUUUUCAAACUAA